AUGUCUAAUAUUGCACCAACUGGAGCGCUUUGGUGUAUCAUUCGUGAAAAUCAUUUUAUUUUCAAAAUUACUAUCAGAGCGGACAACGAUCUUAUCGACCUUAGAAAUGUUAUCAAGAAUGUGAAACCAAAUUAUUUUGCUAAUGUUGAUGCAGACGAACUAAUUCUAUGGAGAACUAAUGUUGCUUCGAAUAUACUUAGGAAUAAAGAAACUGCUAUUGAACCCUACUUAAACAAAAAAUUAGAAGAUCCAGCCGAUACAGUUGGAAAUACAUUUCAAAACGUUGUAGGAAAUAAUAUUCGAGUUAUCCCGUUACUGGUGAGUCAUACCAUUUUUUUCCUUCUUCUCUUGCGCGUCAUAUUCGCCAAUAAUACCGAAUACUUACUUAUUCUUGUGCUUUUCUUUCCUGAUUCUUAUCGUCAAACCCGCCCAAAAAACACAUUCGCGUUAUCGCAGAGCAACUGGUUGUUAGUGGUAAUGUUUCAUGGCAUACACAGAAAGACUGUGGAUGAAAAGUUGACGAACUUUUGGAAAGCUUUGAAAAAUACAGCAGAAUUGGAUGAUAAUGAUUUCCUUGAGCUAUCUGGGGAAGCUCAUUUUUUUGGAAAAAAUAGCAAACCUUCAAAACUACUCAUUCGUAAAUAUUAUGAUGACCUAAUCUUAGUUGUUUUUGAUGAUAAUGGAGGGAUCCUUAGGUAUGUUUUGGCAGGUGCUCUGAACACGGAAAUUCAAAGUCAGCUCAAAGAUGCAAUUGGAUUAUGUGAUGAAAAUAUAUUUAGAUAUAUUGGUAGAAGCGAAAGCAAAGACGAUGUAAGUCAUAAACUCGUCCAUAUUUGGACAAACUUACCAGGGAGAGAUGAUGCAGAACCCUAUACGCAAAAAAUUAUUAAAUUUGCAUCUGACUAUGUGGUUAAACAGGUAACUAGUAAUGUCAAAAGGAUGAUAACAAAUAAAUUGUUUAUGAAUCUAGAUGAAGUCUUGAACGGAGGCAAAAGUAAUUCAGUCCUAGGCAGUUAUUUUGAGUCAAUCGCUCACCAGAUGUUACGGAGUGGGUGGGAAUUUCAAAUUCAUUUUUUAGAUACUAAAAAAAAAUACACGUUCAAGCUUUCUCAACAGGAUGAACAUAGGUUUUCUAAUAUUAAUGAAACUAAAAAUGAAAUGUACUAUCAACCAAUUGAUAAAACUUUCCCAUCAAUUGAUGCAAUUUAUGCACCUGACACCCUCUUCCAAAUGACUACAUCCUUGAAUCAUAAUAUUAAGAUGAUUGGUUUGAAUAAACUUCAGAGUAAAUUAAUGAAAACAGGUGAUAUUGAUUUUUAUUUCGUUGUGCCAGCACAGUUGUUUGAUAAUUAUAAAAAGCAGAAUUAUGCUACAAUUAAAGAUGUUAUUGCUACAAAUGUAAAUCCUUGGAUUAUUGAACAGAUCAAGCAAUACGUUCUGAGAAUUGAUUUGGGUUCUGAAGAUUCACUAGCUAGAAUGUCAUCUACUGCAACAAUUGAAGAAAGAAUUUCAACUUUGUCAACUGCCGAUGAACCAUUAAUCACACCAUUAGCUAGAAUCUCAACUCUGUCAACUGCAGAUAAACCAUUAACUGACGAUGCAGACCCAUCAACUGUUCCUGCAAAAAGGUCCUCUAGUUAUAUAGAAAGAGGAGAAGGAAGUAAAAAAGAAAGUAAAAAAAGAAAUAAGAAAAAGAAAAAAUAA